AAAGCGAUACAAAAGGAAAAUGGUUCGAUUGUUUUGAUACGGUCGAGUGAGUUUUAUUGGGUGUCUCGAAGCGAUCUACCGCCGACCGAAUCAUUAGUGCUCGGACCGCGUUGCUUGGCGUUUCUAGAAAAAGGAAAUUUGCGUGAUAAAAAGAAAGCCAAAUCCACCCGUGAUUCAGAAUGGGCGUUCCAGCUGGUGAUGUUGAGAAGGGCAAGAAGCUGUUCGUGCAGCGUUGCGCUCAGUGCCACACCGUUGAGGCCGGUGGCAAGCACAAGGUGGGCCCGAACCUGCACGGCAUUAUGGGCCGCAAGACUGGCCAGGCAGCUGGAUUCACCUACACCGACGCCAACAAGGCCAAGGGCAUCACCUGGAACGAAGACACCCUGUUCGAGUAUCUGGAAAACCCGAAGAAGUACAUCCCUGGCACGAAGAUGGUGUUCGCCGGUCUGAAAAAGCCGCAGGAGCGUGGUGAUCUGAUCGCCUACCUUAAGUCUGCCACCAAGUAAGCGGACCGUGAGGUUCGGUGUUCCAAACUCAGCCAAACCAGCAGCAGAUACACCCCAAAAAGUGGCGCGCUACGUAACAAUCAGCGUCGCAUCAUUCGGAACCAAGAAAAAAAAAUAGACAAGCCAUCAGGCGUUACAGCACAAUAUCCUUCUCCAUCAGGAUAGCGUCCCCACCCGAUUAGGACAAUUUCUAUGUAAAUCUAUUUAAUUUAAUUUAUGCUAGAAUUAAAAUAGUCGGACAAAUUCGAACAA